UUUCAACGGUACAUACCUCCCUCCCCCUUGUCUCCCCCCACGUAUACCACUUCCGCCCUUCUUCUGGUAUUGCACUCUUCUUCUUCCCCCUUUUUCAACGCUCAUCAAUCAAAUGCUUCAACGCUACUCUGUCCCCCAUCAUGCCCGGCCUGCUCUGUACUCUACCUUGCAUACCUGUUUAUAUAUAUUACCUCCUUUUUUUGCGCUCUCUUUUCAACCCACAUUAGAAUUUUCAGACACGCGUUUAGGCGGACUGUGCGAUGGUCCUGUAUACUGCGUGGCCAUGGCGAUGGUGGUUGCGCUUUCUUGCCAUCCACCUUGUUUUUUGUCUUUUAUUUUCGUCUUCUCUCUUGA